CCCAGCGAAGUCAGUCCUCCAUUUUCCAUCAGACUAAACAACAAUGGCGUCCGAGAACGACACCAGCGCCAGAUCCGGAUCUGGAUCCAACAGCGAGGAGCGUCGCAAGGUGGCCCUGAUCACCGGGAUCACCGGCCAGGACGGUUCCUACCUGACGGAGUUUCUCCUCAACAAAGACUACGACGUCCACGGCCUGAUCCGCCGCUCCUCCAACUUCAACACCCAGCGGAUCAACCACAUCUACAUCGACCCCCACAACGCCCACAAGGCCCGCAUGAAGCUCCACUACGCCGACCUCACCGACGCCUCCUCCCUCCGCCGCUGGCUCGACACCAUCGCCCCCGACGAGAUCUACAACCUCGCCGCCCAGUCCCACGUCGCCGUCUCCUUCGAGAUCCCCGACUACACCGCCGACGUCGUCGCCACCGGCGCCCUCCGCCUCCUCGAGGCCGUCCGCAACCACGUCGACGCCACCGGCAGAAAGAACGUGAAAUACUACCAGGCCGGCUCCUCCGAGAUGUUCGGCGCCACCCCGCCUCCCCAGUCCGAAACGACGCCGUUCCACCCCCGAUCCCCGUACGCCGCCUCGAAAUGCGCCGCGCAUUGGUACACCGUGAACUACCGCGAGGCCUACGGGCUCUACGCCUGUAACGGUAUUCUGUUCAAUCAUGAAUCCCCUAGAAGGGGAGAGAAUUUCGUGACCCGGAAGAUCACUCGGGCCGUGGGCCGGAUCAAAAUCGGGCUGCAGAGCAAGCUGUUCUUGGGGAAUUUGAAUGCCUCGAGGGACUGGGGGUUUGCAGGGGACUAUGUGGAGGCAAUGUGGAUGAUGCUGCAGCAGGAGAAGCCUGAUGACUACGUUGUCGCCACCGAGGAGUCGCAUACGGUGGAGGAGUUUCUGGAGGUGGCAUUUGGGUAUGUGGGGAUGAACUGGAAGGAUCAUGUUGUGCUCGACAAGAGGUACUUGAGGCCGUCGGAGGUGGAUAAUCUGAAAGGGGAUGCGAGCAAGGCGAAGAAGAUUCUCGGGUGGAAGCCAAAGGUUGAGUUUAAGGAGCUGGUGAAGAUGAUGGUGGAUGAAGAUGUUGAGUUGGCCAAGAGGGAAAAGGUUCUUGUUGAUGCUGGAUACAUGGAUGCCCAGCAACAACCAUGAGUUUCCGCGAUUUGGUUCUCCGAUUUUUGGAUCAUAUAAGUUAUAAUGUGGGUUAGUUUGAUGGUUUCUAGAGUUCCAGUAAUUCACAGUUCGUUUGUUCUCCUGAAAGGUUGUUUGAUUUUUCUGUAAGCUCAUUCAUUCUAUUUCAGCAGUUUCUACUGUCUAAU